UUCAACACGUUUCUAAAUUGCGUUUGUUCCUACAAAACCUAACCUAACCUGCAGUACCAAGCCUCAUUACUUAGAUUUAGUUAGAUCACAAUAUUAAAAUACAACUAUUAAAACUAUUUGAUUUAUAAUGUUUGCCUUAUCGCGAUACUUAUUGUAGAAAUCAGACGGCAAGAUAGUAGUUACGUAAGUACAUGUAAUUCGGUAUCAAAUUAAAUAUGAUUUGUUUUAUUUAGACUGUGAUGUCAGCAUUACAAAGUAGUAGCACACUAAGAACGGUGACGAAUAAAAUCGGUAGCCCGAAUUCAAUGCAGUGAACGAUCAGAGUUUUGUGUCGAAACUCCAAAGAAAUCAACGUGCGGGCUGUGACAUAUAACUAAAUUUUAAACAAAAGAUACAAUAAUCUUUCUUGUACAUUUAGUAUAUAUUUACUGACUUUACAUUUUUAUAAUGCCAUAGUAUACAGUUUGUAUGUUUGUAUGUUCGUAACAUAUUAUUAUGAAAUUACAAUUUUUACACAUAUUUUCGUAAACAAGAAUGGAAUUUUAGUUGGAAAUUAAUAUUGGCGAUUAUUUAUUCAAACAUUCCUUAAAUGUAUUAUCUAUGGUCUAUUUAAAACUGGAUGAAGUUUGAUAAAUAAUUUAAUAAAACUUACAUUUUUAUGUCAAACGUUUACUAUAAUGCAUAUCAGUUUGUGAUUAAAUUUAGUUAUUCUCAAAUAUAACAAACAUUUUAUAAUCAUUUACUUUUACAUUAAAAAAGCGUUUUUCUUUUCAAAUAAAUAUCUGCAGUUAUUUAUUAAUAUUUAUUUUUACUACAAAAGUUGUUGGUGACUCAGGAAGGUCGAUCAUCUAUCACUAUUUUGAUGAAUAAUAUCUUAGAACAUUCAUUAUUUGGACGAUAUCAUGGCUUAUCGCAGAAAGCUUAACAAAAAUAAAAAUUAUGUGAACUGCUAUUCUUUCAACAGACUACUUAUACUGGUAUAUAUAAUGAUUUUGACGUUUGAAUCAUAUAGUAGCUCAUUGGAAAUGGAGUUAAAUAAUACCAGGCGUUCAAAUCCAAUAACAUGCACUAAAUGUACAAUCAAAGCUCAGCGUCAAUGGUCUCUAGAACAACAGAAAUGUUUAAAAAAGACAAUUUUUUCAAAUUUAACAGCCUCUACUAUUGGGGAGUGUCCACAGUUUUCAGUUGAUAAACAUUUUGAUUAUAAUAAUUAUUCUUUAUUUUUUGGUUAUAUUGAUCUGAAAUACAUUGUUAAGGUAUCAAACGAUUUAGUAGGUUUAAUUUAUUUACAAAGAACAUUAUACAGUGAAAAAUAUUUGAUCAAGGGAAUAACAAAUGAUAGUUUAAUAUUUUCAUUACGCACAACGGCAAUAUUCAAUCAAAAAUAAUUGGAUUUAAUAUGCAAAUAAAAAUUAAUAAAUGGUUUUUUUCAUUAGAUGUUGGUGUUUGAAUCAUAUUGUAGUACAUUGGAAACGGAGUCAAAUAAUACCAGUUGUUCAAAUGCACUAACAUGCACUAAAUGUACAAUCAAUACUCAGUGUCAAUGGUCUCUAGAACAACAGAAAUGUAUUAAAAAGCCACAUUUUUCAAAUUUAACAGCCUCUACUAUUGGGAAGUGUCCACAGUUUUCAGUUGAUAAACGAUAUAAUUAUGAUAGUUAUGAUGACUUUACUUAUUUUAAUUACACUUUUAAGGUAUCAAACGAUUUAGUAGGUUUCAAGAAUUAUCUUCGAACCAGUAAAAUUUAUUUGCAUAUAAAGUUAUUUAUUUUUAGUCCCAGGUUUUAUAUAAAAAAAAAUGAUUUUUUAUUUUUAAUAGACUUUUGGAAAAUAUCAUACGAUCUAUCCAAUCAGCCGUUCACUGAAUUUUUUUAUAUUGAGUUCAAUAAGGUCAUUUUGCGGUUCGACAACGUCGCCGAUCAUUAUGUUACGUUUUAUAGACGUAAUCAAUGUGCCGACCACGAGAAGGACAAAUUCUGUGCGAUUUGUGCAUGGAACUACCACGGCUAUACUAACUACUUGAAAUGGUGUUCGAAGGACAACGUCUGUGAGGGUCGAAAACAGUUGUACCUGAAGAACAACGCCGAAAAAUUAUUAAAAACAAAUGGACAAUUAAAUUUAAACAGUCGGAUUGAAGAAGCCUACGUGAGGAACGACUGUCCUGAAGUAAACGUGAUAGCGGUCCAUCCGGUGUCUGGACCACGUAGUGGUGGAACGGUGGUAACGAUCACAGUUAGAAACCACAGGAUAUUUGCGGAGGAUACGACGACACUGGUGAUGGUGGCAGGAAUGGAAUGCAUGAACCCCAGAACAUCAGGACCCGAGACGAUAACUUGCACUACGUCACUAUGGGUAAACGUCAACGAAGAACCACCGACCCCUGGUCCAAUCCUAGUCAAAUACUCGUCGAACAAAGGGGGAUUAACGAUCGAAUCAUCGCAGAUAUUUCGGUAUGACGUCCAUCCGACUUGUGGCUCGCCCAGACCCGUACUGGACGCGAACCAACGACUUAGGGCUUUAGAAUCAGGAGACAUCACUGUGCCGGUGCGUGGUGUUCGUUUCGUCAAACCAUGUGUUGUAUCCUCCGCCCGACUCUUCGUCGUGUUGCCAAACGGUAACAUACAGUUCGCGUCCAGUGAUUGUGAUAAACCAGUCAACGACACGUACAUGGUCUGUCGAUCGCCAAGAGUAGACAGCUAUGUCUGGCGUGAUGAAGCCGAUGAAGGACUCUUAUUGAAUUUCGGGCUGAAUCUGAUGAAUUUCAUCGGAAAUCAGUCGCUGUUGGUGUAUGGGCCGUCACACGGUUUUCACGUACUCUUCGUUCCAGCUACCACUGAAUCGCCCAACAUCUUGGUCACGAACGGUGAUAGGUUGUCGGACACCGUGCCCAAUAGAUUUUCACCUCCCGUUUUUACUGACAGGUGCCGUCGUAUGAUCUGGUGGUUUACGUGUCUGUUGCUUGUUUUCGCGUUGGGUUUUUAUAUAAUAAUCGAAAAAAAGUACGGCUUUUAGAAAACUGUUGGUGACCCACUGGUGUCUUCCACUAGAUCACAAGCUGGCAUACACUACAAAGUAGUUUUAAAUAGUUAAUUUACUAGCAGUUUAUUCAUUUUGGUUGUUAUUAUUAACUAAACAUAAUAUAUUCAAAAAUAACAAGUAUUUUUUUGCGCAUUCGGAAAUUAACAUGAAACAGAAUUAAAAAACUAUUCGGGGUUGGUAUUAUGUUCAACAAUUAUAGUUUGUUAGUUUAAUUACAUGUUUGUUUCAAUUGGCAUUUAAAAAAAUACAUAUGUUAAAGGUUUCACAAAUAAUAUGAUGAAAUAAUUUUAUUGUGUACUUAAUCAAACAGUGCUUAAAUAUAUUUUAAUUUUUAUCGUGAA